AUGUGGCUGACCCCAGCUCUGCUCCUUCUCAGUUUCCCAGGCUGUUUCGCCAUCCAAGGCCCAGCAUGGGUGAGAGGCCCAGAGAAGGGGUCAGUGACCAUUCAAUGUCACUAUAGCUCCAGAUGGCAAGCCUACAACAAGUGGUGGUGUCGAGGAGCAAACUGGAAGACUUGCAGGGUCCUCAUUCGAACCACGGGAUCAGAGAAAGAAAGGAAGAGUGGCCGGUUGUCCAUCAGGGACAACUGGAGAGAGAACUUGCUCCUGGUUACCAUGGAGAUGCUCAGGCAAAAUGACACAGACACUUACUGGUGUGGUAUUGAAAAAUUUGGAACUGACCGUGGGACCAGAGUUAAAGUGACCGUUUACCCAGAGGGAAGAGAUACCAUGUCUUCCCAGCUAGAAUCCUCUAUGGAUAGCAACACACAUGUGAUUUCUUCUGACUUAUAUAAGAGGACACACUACAUAAUCCUGGCAUUUCUGAAGGUGCCUGCCUUGCUCAUCUUGGCUGGUGUUGUCCUCUGGCUGAAGAGGUCAACUCGGAAGGUCCCCGAGGAACAGUGGAGACACACUCUCAGCAGCAAUUCGGACUCUGAAAUUCUGGACAAAGACAUUGCCCCUUAG